AUGUUCAUUUGUAGCUAUACCUACGUCCUAAGUGCUUUAAAGAAGGUGACGGAUACUGAAAUGUAUGGCAACAACAUACGCAUCAUGUACGAUGUUGGUUGCAAGCUUCGUACCGCCUUAAAGAAAACACCAUCGCUGAAAGAUAUUGAGGAUGUCCCCAUCGCAGUGGGAAUUUUUCACAUUACUGGGCAUAACGCUGCUUGCCAAGUUCACUUUCAUCCUCGUCUGGUUAAAGGCUUUGGGAUGAUCGAUGGAGAGUCUUUAGAACGAAUGUGGUCAUACCUCAACGGUUUUGUAUCCAUGACACGCACCAUGACCCCUCUCAACAGGCGGUUGACUGUAACCAUAGCUCUCGAAUUUUUAGCAGAGGAAAAGAUUGAUAACAUUGGUAUGUUAUAG